CUCUGUCCGUCUACGUUUUCAACUGUUUUGGGUUUUUUCACGCUUUUGCAGUCGUUGCGAAUCUCCGAAAUCUCCUUUCCCUCGUUUAUCUCUAAGAUGGAGUCCUUUUCCUCAUUUUUUCAAGCGCAAUCUUCUUCCGCCAGCGGCUGGAGCUCCGAAUCUUUGAAGAAUUUCAGGCAGAUCUCUCCGGCCGUGCAGAACCAUCUCAAACAGGUUUAUUUUACACUAUGUUGUGCUCUGGUGGCUUCGGCAGUAGGAGCUUACUUGCACAUCCUGUGGAACAUCGGGGGGCUCCUCACAACCCUUGGGUGCAUGGGAAGCAUUAUCUGGCUUCUGUCCUCGCCUGUGUAUGAAGAGCAAAAGAGAGUUGGUCUUCUGAUGGCAGCCUCUCUGUUUGAAGGGGCUUCUGUGGGUCCUUUGGUCGAUUUCGUGAUUAAGUUCGACCCAAGCAUCCUUGUGAGUGCAUUUGUGGGGACAGCUGUGGCUUUUGGAUGUUUCUCAGCAGCGGCUGCUGUGGCGAGGCGCCGGGAGUACCUUUACCUUGGAGGACUACUCUCUUCUGGUGUUUCAAUCCUCUUGUGGCUGCACUUUGCUUCCUCCAUUUUUGGUGGUUCCACAGCCAUGUUCAAGUUUGAGCUUUAUUUCGGGCUAUUGGUAUUCCUGGGGUACAUGGUGGUGGACACCCAGGAGAUCAUCGAGAAGGCCCACCUUGGUGAUAUGGACUAUGUGAAGCAUGCCUUGACCCUAUUCACUGACUUUGUUGCUGUCUUUGUCCGGAUCCUCAUCAUCAUGACAAAGAAUGCAGUGGACAAGUCUGAGAAGGAGAAGAAGAAAAGAAGGAACUGUUGAGUUCCGCUGCAUCCUAUCUCUAUAUAUAGGAUAGGACACAUGUUACCCAAUUGUUUCUUGUUAGGCCUUGCCUUUCCCCUUCACAAGUAGAGAACCUUGUUACAUUUUGCCAAAAGAAGUGUUUGAAUACUGUUUGAUUACAUAUAGGAUUCUCUAUCAGCAUACUGUUUGAUUACAUAGGAUUCUCUAUCAGCAUGCAUGCGGGAUUAUGUGGUGUCUAUUCAGUUCAAACCCCGGAUGGGAUGUAAAUUUCAGUGACACUUUUGUAACUCGUUUGUACAAGUGUUGGUGGUGGGUUCCCUUCCAAA